AUGUAUACUGCCACCAAGCCGGAAAAUGCAGAGGAGUACCAGGAGUUGUGCGUCGACGGAAGGAUGUUCUACAAGCUUGGAGAAAGCAAGAAAAAGACUGUGAGAAGAAGAUACUCAGAUCAGUUCAAGAAUCCGCUCUUCAUCCAAAAGGAUGUCAACAGAAAGCUAAGGAUGAUGAGGCAGUUCCGAGAGAAGCAUGGGGAUCUCGAGGAAGAGAUAGAAAGAUGGAAGGACUGCAUUUCAGAGUGCAUAUCGAUAUUACACAGCCAGCACAGCGUGCAUCCAGCAGAAAUCUUCAAGGCAUUUCCUCUUGGUAAGUGGGGAUUUGACAUUGAAGAGUAUGGCGGCUGUGAGGAAGAUCUCCUCCACACAGCGAAGAUUGGUUAG